AUGGCGUCUCGUGACCGGACGAGGUUCCAAUACGAGCGCUCCAUCGGCAAGGAGACCAUUCGCCUUGUACGCAUUCUGACCCGCCGAGACACUCGAAAUGGCCCGUUACGACUUGCACUCGAGGAACACGCCAUCGCCGACCUUCCAGCCUACCGAGCUCUGUCUUAUACCUGGGGUCCGCCCAUACCCAACAACGACAAGACUCUAAAGCCGAAAUUGGCGACAGUCCUCCUCGACGACCAUGAUUUUGACGUAUUCGCCAACUUGCACGAUGCGCUGCUUUGGAUCAGAGCCCGUGGGUCAUGCGACUUAUACUGGAUCGACGCCAUCAGCAUCAACCAGGCCGACGACACGGAGCGCACCGUACAGGUCAGCAUAAUGGACCACAUCUAUAAGAGGGCCGCCCGAGUCGACAUCUGGCUCGGUCCUGUGACUGAGGAACAUCACCCGGUCGAGGUCUCUAGGAUGAUUCGGAUCAUGGCCGACAACGCCAGGAAGAAGUUUGGGUACGACCCAGACACCUCCGCCUUCGACCACGAUGCGCUGCGGCGAUACGGCUUGCAGGAUCUACCGGACGCCGUCUGGCACGCGUUUGUCUCCUUCUUCGACCGCAAGUGGUUCGGCCGCGUCUGGGUCGUCCAGGAAGUCGCACUCUCAAAGGACGCGUGUGUGAUCUGGGGCGACGACACGAUCCCCUGGGAGACAGUGGCUCUCUGCUCCGAUUUUCUGCGCGACAGCCGCCUCUACGAACGGCUUUCCGAGGUUCUCUGUGACAACAGCAGUUUCGCAAUCAAGGACGUCCAUGUCGGCAGCAGCUCCGCAGGUAUCGUCGCGAUCCAGAAAUGUCGUCACGGCAAGCUCGACGGCUGGGACAGCGUGACGCUUGAUCAUAUGGUUGGCGCAUCGGGCAACGGUGGCGAGGCGAGCAUCACCAAGGCGGCGGGGGCACUGGUCUUUCUCAUGCUCCGCCUAACCAUUGGGGUCGAAGCGAGCGACCCCCGAGACCAGGUGUUUGGCCUCCUCGGCAUCCUCAAUCUGCUCCUCGACGUCAGUGAACGUCCGAGAACGAGCCUGGAACCUGACUAUUGCAAACACGCGACUGCUGUCACGGUGUACACGGAAACGGCCACGUUCAUCAUGGCAGAGUGCGGCAACCUCGCGCUGCUGACGGCGGUCCCCGACGAUGCGGUCAAGAAGAUCAAGGGUCUGCCGUCGUGGGUGCCGGACUUUUCGGCAAACGGACCGUCCAUGUUUCUGGCGACGCGGUGGCCGGCCGGCGUGGCUUACUUCGACGCAUGCCGUUCUGCGCCAGCGAAUUACCGCAUCACCGAUGACAAUCUCCUGCACGUCAAAGGAUUCUGCAUCGGCACGGUCUCUCUCCUGGGCACAGUCCACUCGGAGGUCACCACGAACGGGAGCUUCGCACAAUGGGCCGACUUCCUAUUGCAAUGCGACGCCGUGUACGAAGCGACGGGGCAGUGCCGCGUAGAGGCGUUCUGGCGGACGUUGAUCGCCGACCGAGACGGGUUCCAACACCCGGCGUCCGGGAGUCUACAAAAGGCGUUCCACCACUGGAUCACGGACCACGUAGCAUGGGAGGUCUACUGCGCCGUGAAGAAGGGGGCCAACGAGACCGAGUGUCUCGCGCGGUUGGAGAGCAUCCAGAAGCUCGCCACAUCGGACGUCAGCAAGACGGUGCCAUCGCGCGACAAGAUCAUGGGCUGCCUCGACCGGCUCAAGAAGUGCAACAAGGAGAGGGAGGUGAAGAGCGUGUUAGAUGGCUUCAAGCAUCGGUGCCAGGCCUACGUCAAUCUUGCGUUCGAGACGCUAUGGGAUAGACGGCCGUUCCUGAUGGACAGCGGGCAUCUCGGGCUUGGCGGGCAGUCGGUGGAGGACGGCGAUGGGGUAUGGGUCGUGUCUGGCUGCCCGUCACCCCUCGUGCUUCGCGAGAUGCCGGUGUCGUCGGUUUCUGGGCCGUUCUGCUACCAGCUGGUUGGAGAGGCGUACGUGCAUGGCAUCAUGCACGGGGAGGCCGUCGACGAAGGUGCGCGGUGGGAGGAUAUCUGUAUUCAGUGA